AUGGCGGAAGCCAUCGUCUCGAGGGUGGCUGACAUUCUGGACGAUUUCGCAAGGGAUGGGAAGUUAGGCGUGCUUUCCGUGCUCGCGAAAAUCGUUUCCGAUCUCCGAAAGGUCGUUCCCGAUGCGGAAAAGCGGAGCCUCGAAAGCCGUGCGAUCGAAGCAUGGCUUGAGGAUGUCAAAGCGGCUUUCUACGAUGCAGAGGACUUGCUCGAAGGGUGGAACCUUGAAAUUACGCGACCACGAGAAUCGCCGAGCAAAGAUAAGAAGUCGAAGCAGGCGAGUCCCUUCUUGUCACCUUCAUUCCGACCUACCGGACGGCUGGAGGUUAUCAGGAGGAGAAUGGAAAACAUCACGUCUAGAGGGAGGGCUUUGGGCUUGGAGGGGUGCCCAAAGGAUGUGCGAGGAAAGAGUGGAUCGAGGAAGAGAUUGCGGUCGGACCCUUUUGUUGAAGAGAGAGAUGGUGCUAAAAGAAUCGCUGCCAAAGGCGCUAUUAAUGUUGACCCGCGAGAGCGCGCGAAGGAUGUGCAGGAUGAGAGAGGACCGAGGAACGAGAAGCGGUCGGACUUCUUUGUGCACGAGGAGGAGAUUAUCGGGAGAGAGGAUGCUAAAAGCGUAAUUAUGGAGUUCUUGUUAGACUCUGCAGCUGAAGAAAGAAUGCCCAUCCUUGCAAUAUGGGGUAUGGAUGAUUUCAUGAGCCCAACCAAAUCUUAUUCUCUUGAGGCCCUUCCAGAACGCUUGUCUCUAGACUUAUUGAUGAGAAUGGCUUAUAAGGAUGAAGAAAAGACUAGAGAUCCAGAGAAGUUACUUAUUGGGAGGCAGAUAGUCAAAGAAUGUCGUGGAAUUCCUUUGCUUGUACGAACAAUUGGAAGUUCAUUGUUCUUCAAGAAAACUAAAGCUAAGUGGUUAAAUUUUAAGUGCGAGAUCCUGGAACUCUCUGCAGAGUCACAAAAUGAUCGCGUUUGCACAUAUCUUAAGCUUUGUUAUUGUCAUCUCCCAUCCCAUCUGAAACAGUGCUUUGCCUUCUGUUCAUUGUUUCCCAGAGAUUGGAUAAUUGAUAAACUAAUGUUGAUGAGUCUCUGGAUAGCAGAAGGAUUUAUCCGGCCCAUAGACAAUGUAGAUCAGGAUAUGGAAGACAUUGCUCAUGACUAUUUCAUGGAUCUAGUUAGGAGGAAUUUCUUUCAAGACUGCACUAAAGAUGAACUUGGCAAUGUGACGUCUUGUAAGAUGCAUGAUUUUUUAAAUAAGCUAGCAUGUGCAGUUGCUCAAACCGAGUGUUCCCGCUACAUUGGUUCAGGAUGGCCGUUAAUUGAUGAAAGAACUCAUCAUUUAUCAGUGGAUUCAACUUUAGAUCUAUCACAGGGACCUCCAGCUACCGUACUCAGAGCAAAACAUCAGGGGACAUUCAUCAAAAUGGAUCAAACAAAAAGCUUGAGGUGUGAGACUCUACUGGUUAAAGAAACUCUCUGA